AACAAUACUAAAAAUAUACGGACGCUAUCAGGCAGUUUUGUCACGCCCACUUAUAUGAGCCACGCCCACACAAAAAUGAGUGUAGAUUCUGUUCAGUUUCUUGUACAGAAUCUCUUCGAUCCUUGGACGGUGCGGCUAGUGGACUGGUUGUUCUAUGCUGGCGUUGCAGUCGGUGUCACUAAAAUAGCUCAAGGACUCUACUCUUUAAUACCAGGAGUCUACACUUACUUCUAUCCUAAACUCAGACCACUCUCACUAACUGAUAAAUAUGGUAGAUGGGCUGUAAUUACAGGGGCUACCUCUUCAUUGGGGACUGCAUUUGCAAAGGAGCUUGCAGCUUGUGGGUUUGAUGUUGUGUUGAUCAGUCGCUCUUAUGAUAACCUACUGGACAUGGCAUCAGAAAUACAGUCUCAGUAUUCAGUACAGGCUUAUGGUAUACAUGCUGACUUCUUCCUGGGGCAGUCAGUUUAUAAUGAAAUAGAGAAAGCAUUACUGACAGAUACACUAGACAUUGGAGUAUUAGGUAAGUUACUAUUAGUAUUGUCAUUCUUAUUUUAGUUGCAGCCAUUUCAAAAUUCUGAAAGUUA